CGCGCGCCGCCGGGCAGCUCUCGCGAGACCUCGCGCUUCCCUCCGGCAGCGCUCUUCCGAGAUCUUGUCCUCCAGCCGAGGAGGGCGAUCUCCAAUCUCGCGAGAUUUGGAGCCGCACUCAGCCGGCGCUCUCGCGAGAGCCGCGCGCGCCGCCGCCGUUCCCGCCGCUGAGGCAGCGGCCGCGCUCCCCCCGCCCUCCCUCCCCCUCCCGCGGCGGGGUCGCUCUCCCGUUGCCGCUCUCGCUUCUCUCUCUCUUUCCGCGCGCCUCUCGCGAGGCUUCGGGGCCGCGCUGCCGCCAGCGCCUCGCGAGAUCUCGCUCUCAUCAGCGUGCCGGCGCGCUCUCGCGAGACUUGGCCGCCGCGCCUCUCGCGUUCCCAUUGGGUGCCGGCGGCGUUGCCCUGCCCUCCGCUGUCUCCGCGGCGCCGCCUCCUCCCGUCCCGCCGGCCGCUCUCGCGGGAUUUGCGGCGGCUCUCGCGGGAUCUCGGGCCGCGGCCAGGGCUCAGUGUAAGAUGGCGGCGGCGGCAGCGGCGGGACGGGCCCGGGCCGGGCUCUGAUCCCCCCCUGCUCUCCCCGCUCGCUCAAGGUACCGGGGCGGGCGGGGCGGGGGGCACGGCCCGGUGCCGCUGCCGGGCCCGCGGCAUGGGAAGAUUGGCGCCCGGCUCCGUCAUGAGGGGCCCGCCC